UUGAGAAGGCCUAUUUUGACCAUGCGUUUAACGUUUUCGUCUACAUAAACUGGAAAACACAUUUCCACGAUCAACUGCUAUCUUCCCAUACAGGACAAAUCCCCGAUAAUCUCUAUAAAGUACUCACUGAUUUACCAUCAAUAAAGUGGUGAAAGAAAAUCAAUCGCACCCAAUUCUAUUCAUGACCAUGGAGGUGAGAGCUAGAGCUCCUGGAAAGAUCAUACUCGCCGGAGAACAUGCCGUUGUUCAUGGAUCCGCAGCCGUCGCCGCCUCCAUUGGCCUCUACACAUCCGUCACUCUUCGCUUCCAUUCACCUUCUGAUAAUGACGAUAAUACCCUCACACUCCACCUCAUGGAUGUGGGCUUAAAUUUUUCAUGGCCCAUUGGAAGAAUCAAAGAGGUGUUACCUGAUUCAACCAAUACAAUCGCAUCUUCACCCACAACAUGUUCCCCAGAGACAAUCAAACUCAUUGCAACACUAGUGGAAGAACAUGAAAUUCCAGAAACAAAAAUUGGAAUUGCUUCUGGAGUUAUUGCUUUUCUCUGGUUAUACACCUCUAUUCACGGGAAUAAAGCAGCAACAGUGAGUGUGUCUUCUGAGCUUCCUUUGGGAUCAGGGUUAGGAUCCUCUGCAGCAUUCUGUGUCUCACUCUGUGGAGCCUUUCUUGGUUUAUCAGAUUCGGUAAAAGUUGACUUUGGUCAACAUGGUUGGGCUGCUUUUGGAGAAAAAGAGCAGCAAUUAGUCAACAAAUGGGCUUUUGAAGGUGAAAAGAUUAUUCAUGGGAAGCCUUCUGGUAUAGACAAUACAGUCAGCACAUUCGGAAAUCUAAUAAAGUUCAAAUCCGGUGAUUUAACCCGAAUAAAAUCCAACAUGAUCCUUAAAAUGCUAAUCACCAACACAAAAGUUGGUAGAAACACAAAAGCAUUAGUGGCAGGAGUUAACGAACGUAAAAACAGGCAUCCUGAUGCAAUGACAUCUGUAUUUACUGCUGUUGACUUCAUCAGCAAUGAAUUCGCUUCAAUACUCCAAUCAUCUUCCGAUGAUCAUCUUCAAAAAGAACAAAAAGUAGAAGAAUUGAUGCAAAUGAAUCAAGGUUUGCUUCAAUGCAUGGGUGUCAGUCAUGCUUCUAUCGAAGCAGUGUUACGGACAACAUUGAAUUAUAAGUUGACUUCUAAGUUGACCGGAGCUGGUGGUGGUGGAUGUGUUCUUACUCUUUUACCCUCACUAUUGUCUUCAACGGUUAUCGACAAGGUAAUUGAGGAGCUUGAGGAAUGUGGAUUCCAAUGUUUGAUUGCUGAGAUAGGUGGAAAUGGACUUGAGAUUUGCUUUGAUGGUCUCUCAUGAUUCUUACAUUUAUGAAAAUAUUGGUGCUUCUUAAUUCCUUUCAUGUUGGAGCAAUUUUCGUAUUUAAUUGUUGUACACUAGCUAUGUUGCUUGUGGUUUAGCUUUCAUGUUGUUUGAAAUAAUAUAUGUACAAGUGCGAUUAUGACAUCUAUUUGUAGAAAAAAAAACAAGUUUUUAUA